CCGCACCGAACCGGGUCAGACGCGGUGGCCGCCGCGCGCCUGCGGGGAGCUCGCUGCUGACCCGCCCCGCGAGCCCGUGCCCCACACGCACCGUCGCCAUGGCUACAAAAGACCCCACAGCUGUGGAGAGAGCCAACUUGUUAAACAUGGCCAAGCUGAGCAUCAAAGGACUCAUUGAAUCUGCCCUGAGCUUCGGCCGCACUCUGGACUCGGACUAUCCCCCCCUCCAGCAGUUCUUUGUGGUUAUGGAACACUGUCUGAAGCAUGGCCUUAAAGUGAGAAAAUCAUUUUUGAGUUAUAACAAAACUAUUUGGGGCCCCCUGGAACUGGUGGAGAAGCUGUACCCAGAAGCAGAGGAAAUCGGAGCGAGUGUCCGGGACUUGCCUGGCCUGAAAACUCCCCUGGGCCGUGCUAGGGCGUGGCUCCGAUUAGCCCUCAUGCAAAAAAAAAUGGCCGAUUACCUGCGUUGCUUAAUUAUCCAGAGGGAGCUCCUGAGCGAGUUCUAUGAAUACCAUGCGCUAAUGAUGGAGGAGGAAGGAGCCGUGAUUGUUGGGCUGCUGGUCGGCCUGAAUGUGAUUGAUGCCAAUCUGUGUGUGAAGGGAGAGGACCUAGACUCCCAGGUUGGAGUGAUUGAUUUCUCAAUGUAUUUAAAAAACGAAGAAGAGACUGGGAACAAAGAAAGGAAUGUUCAAAUUGCAGCCAUCUUAGACCAAAAGAAUUACGUCGAGGAACUAAAUAGACAACUGAACAGCACGGUCAGCAGCCUCCAUUCGAGAGUGGACUCGUUAGAAAAGUCCAACACGAAGCUCAUCGAAGAGUUAGCAAUAGCGAAGAAUAAUAUCAUUAAGCUCCAAGAAGAAAACCAUCAGUUACGUAGUGAAAACGAGUUGAUCUUAAUGAGAACGCGGCAGCAUCUGGAGGUUACCAAAGUGGAUGUGGAAACAGAGCUUCAGACAUACAAGCAUUCCCGGCAAGGUCUAGACGAAAUGUAUAAUGAUGCAAGGAGGCAGCUUCGAGACGAGUCACAGCUCCGGCAGGAUGUGGAGAAUGAGCUGUCAGUACAAGUUGGCAUGAAGCAUGAGAUUGAGCUUGCUAUGAAAUUGCUGGAGAAGGAUAUUCAUGAGAAACAAGACACUCUCAUAGGCCUUCGGCAACAGCUGGAAGAGGUCAAAGCAAUCAACAUCGAGAUGUACCAAAAGCUGCAGGGCUCUGAAGACAGCUUGAAAGAAAAGAAUGAAAUAAUUGCCCGACUAGAAGAAAAGACCAAUAAGAUCACCACGGCCAUGAGGCAGCUGGAGCAAAGAUUGCAGCAAGCAGAGAAGGCACAGAUGGAAGCUGAGGUCGAGGAUGAGAAAUAUGCCCAAGAGUGUCUGAGCAGAUCCGACAGUCUGCAGAGACAGAUCUCACAGAAGGAGCAGCAGCUGGUGCAGCUGGAAACCGAUUUGAAGAUUGAGAAGGAAUGGAGGCAGACUCUGCAAGAAGAUCUUCAAAAGGAGAAAGAUGUCCUAGCUCAUCUUAGAAAUGAGACCCAACAAAUCAUUAGUCUCAAAAAAGAGUUUCUUAACCUCCAGGAUGAAAAUCAGCAGUUGAAAAAAAUAUACCAUGAACAAGAACAGGCUCUGCAAGAACUUGGCAGCAAACUCUGCGAAUCCAAACUUAAAAUAGACGACAUAAAAGAAGCCAACCAAGCAUUACAGGGACUGGUCUGGCUGAAAGACAAAGAGGCAACACACUGUAAGCUUUGUGAGAAGGAAUUUUCACUCUCCAAAAGAAAGCACCACUGUAGAAACUGCGGGGAAAUUUUCUGUAAUGCCUGCUCUGACAACGAGCUGCCUUUGCCUUCUUCACCAAAGCCAGUGCGAGUCUGUGAUUCCUGUCAUGCAAUACUCAUUCAGAGAUGCUCCUCUAAUGUGCCGUGACACUAGAACUCUAUCUUCCUGCACAGAAGCACCUGCCGUGAGUGUGAGGACCGAGUGUCCAGUCAGCACUGUGCCUCUCCUCCAGCUAACACCCAGGAUUCUAAGUUGUAUAGUUAGUAUUCCGUUUCUGCACUUACUCAAGAUUUUAAGAUAGCAUGUUUUAUCACUACUUGGAACAGUCAUGUAACCCUUAAGGAAAGGCCAGAUAGCAGAGCUAAUAAUGCACAUUUGCCUUAUCUUCUAGAGGCCUUCUUGAGAACAAGGCCACAGCUUGUUUGUUUCUGAACUGUCAAGUUGGCACUGAUGGUGCCUGUAAUUCUCUUAAUGCACUUUAAAGCUUCACAAUUCUCAGAGGAAGACUGGAAAUGCACUCAUUUUGUGAUAUGCCAAUUGAACAUCCUUUUUUGAAACAAGGUUGAAACAAAGUUGUCCAUUUUUGACCAUGAACUCAUAGACUUCCUUGCCUCAGCUUUGAAGUGCUGGGGUCAUAGGUGUCGGCCUCCAUACCAGGUCUGUAUAGUCUUCAUUGUCUGGUAAGGUUCUAACUUAAUUGUAUUUAUUUGUUCUUUUCCCCUCGUCUACAAUGGAAAAGGCCAAUAGUUUUUUUCCCAUACCUUUCUUUUUGCUUGCCUACACCUUUCAUAUAGUGGAUUAAAGGACCAGCUUUCCCUUCUACUCUUUAAGGAAUGUUAUAUAUAACCACCAUCCUCGUCACAGAUGCUACUUUUUGUAAAGGGUUGGACCCCAAAGACCCCACAGGCUUUUAAAGAUCCUAAGCAUUAAAAAUAAGAGCAUUUAGCCAGUCGGUGGUGGUGCACGUUUUUAAUCCCAGCACUCUGGAGGCAGAGCCAGGCGUAUCUCUGUGAGUUUGAGGCCAGC